AUGGUGUUGGCCAAGUCGAAGAAUUCCGUGGGGUUGGGGAACAGUUUGAUGAAUGAUAGAUUCGGCAAAGGAAAGCGUUCAGACCGAAAGAAAGUAUCUCACAACGUUGCUGCUAUUCAGCGGAAGGGCACCGAUGGCGAGACCUACAUCACAAACCCGACCGAAGAGGCAUCAUGGGUGAAAAUGCGCAGUAUUACCGAGCAGGCGGCCCUCGACGAGUUCCUAAGCACAGCCGAACUCGCGGGAACUGACUUCACAGCCGAGAAGUUAAACAAUGUCAAGAUCAUACACCAGGACCAGAAGAACCCUUACCUCCUUUCUGCUGCGGAUGAAAGGAAUGCCAUCCGGAAACACCAGAAGAACCGCUCUCGCUUGACCGUCCCUCGACGUCCCAAGUGGAAUGAACGAACAACUCGCAACGAACUAGAUGCGAUGGAACGAGAGAGCUUUCUUGAUUGGAGAAGAGGGCUUGCCGAACUCCAGGAGGUGCAGGAUAUAUUGAUGACGCCUUUCGAGCGAAAUUUGGAAGUCUGGAGGCAGCUCUGGAGAGUUAUCGAACGGUCAGACCUUGUCGUCCAGAUUGUGGACGCCAGAAACCCCCUUCUCUUCCGGUCAGAGGAUUUGGAAAAAUAUGUCAAAGAAGUGAACCCAGCAAAGAGGAAUUUGCUGUUGGUGAACAAGGCGGAUAUGAUGACGUUAAAACAGCGGGAGGCUUGGGCGGAUUAUUUCGAAGAACACAACAUAUCUUACAAGUUCUUCUCUGCUGCUCUAGCUAAGGAGCUGAAUGAGGCGAACGGGGUAGGAAGUGGAAGCGAUGAUGAUGACGAUGAUGUUGAUACAGCACUCGCUGAGCAAACAAGCAAUGCCCAUAUUCAUGAUUCAGAGGAGGACUCGGAAGCGGCUGAAGAGGCUCGUGAAGAGGAGGAAGACUCGGAAGAAGACGACGAUGGUGGCGGUUUACCACUUCCACAAGAAUCCGAGUCAAAAAGAACUGAAAUUAUCACGGUAGACGAGCUGGAGGCACUGUUCAUGUCUGCGGCGCCUCCGCGCGACCCUAAUGAUGAGAAAGGCAAAGAUGUCACCACCAUCGGACUUGUUGGGUAUCCUAAUGUUGGUAAAUCCAGCACUAUUAACGCCCUUCUCGGAUCAAAGAAGGUCUCCGUCUCUGCAACUCCUGGAAAAACAAAACACUUCCAGACUCUCUAUCUCACACCAAAGAUUGUCCUUUGCGAUUGUCCCGGUCUCGUUUUCCCUAAUUUUGCAACAACAAAAGCGGAUCUUGUCGUUAAUGGCGUCCUCCCUAUCGACCAGCUACGUGAAUACACUGGUCCAGCAGGGCUCGUGGCUCAAAGAAUCCCGCUCCACUUCCUUGAGGCAGUUUAUGGAAUGAAGAUACCUAUCCGCAGCAUCGAAGAGGGAGGUACAGGAGUCCCAACUGCAUCUGAAAUCCUACGCGCAUAUGCUCGUGCCCGUGGGUUUGCCACAACUGGUUUAGGACAGCCAGACGAAUCCCGUGCUGCGAGAUAUGUGUUGAAAGAUUAUGUCAAUGGAAAGUUGCUAUUCUGCCAUCCACCACCCAAGGACCCUCCAUUCACGGAUCCAAAGGAGCGCUCGGACUAUGAAUUAGAAUUCAAUGAGGGAUUAUAUGAUAUGGCUCAUCUCCCUGCUAGGCGGAAGGAGGCUUUGCUCAAGGAACACGCGGCCGCAACUCGCGGUGAUUCGGUAGAUGGGAUAAGUGAUGAUAUCGAUUUGGAGUCGGACAUGACUCCAUCCCAUGUUUCUGGAAACAGCUCCAUACCUGCUCAGAGCGCACGGUCGAAGAAGCUUGACAAGGGAUUCUUCGGCCCUGGCGGCGCUGGGUCGGCGGGCCAUUUAACGAUGCCAUUCAACUAUAAGUAUUCGGAAGUGGGAAAACAAAAAGCAAUCACUGGCCGCAAGCAAAGGGCUCUUAUUGCAUUGGAAAAAAAUAUAGAUGUUUCAGAGGUUCGAGGUCUAGGGAAGAAGCAUUUCAAGGCGAAUAGAAAGGUCAAAACAAAGAAAAAAGGGAACAGUUUCCUGGCGGAAGAAGAGUGA